AUGGCUUUGGUAAAUGGCUCUGUGGUAACUGAAUUCAUUCUCUUGGGAUUAACAGGUCUGCCUGACCUCCAAAUACCUUUGUUUCUGGUCUUUCUGGUAAUGUACAUGAUAACUGCAUUGGGAAAUUUGGCUUUAAUUAUUCUCAUUGUGUUGAAUUCUCACUUACAUACCCCUAUGUAUUUUUUCCUUUUUAACUUAUCUUUUAUAGACCUUUGUUACUCUUCUGUAAUUACACCGAAAAUGCUGAUGACCUUUGUUGUCACAAAAAAUCUUAUCUCAUAUGUUGGGUGUAUGACACAGUUCUAUUUAUUCUGUUUCUGUGUCAUUUCUGAGUGUUACAUUCUCACAUCUAUGGCCUAUGAUCGUUAUGUGGCAAUCUGCAAUCCACUCUUUUAUAACAUUGUCAUGUCUCCUAAGGUGUGUUCCUAUCUUAUGCUUGCUUCAUAUUUAAUGGGGUUUUCUGGUGCUAUGAUUCACACUGGAUGUGUCCUGAGACUUACAUUCUGUGAUGGAAACACAAUCAACCAUUAUUUCUGUGAUCUCCUUCCUUUGCUGCAGCUCUCCUGCACCAGCACCUAUGUCAAUGAAAUAGAGGUGUUAAUUGUAGCAGGAAAGGACAUCAUUCUGCCCACUGUGAUCAUCUUUAUCUCUUAUGGCUUCAUCAUUUUCAAUAUAUUCCAAAUGAAAUCCACUGAGGGCAUGUCAAAAGCCUUCAGCACCUGCAGUUCCCAUAUAAUUGCUGUCUCUCUGUUCUUUGGAUCCGGUGCAUUUAUGUAUCUCAAACCCAACUUAGCUGGAAAAAUGAAUAAUGGAAAUACAUCUUCAAUUAUCUAUACCACUUUAAUUCCUAUGAUAAAUCCAUUAAUUUAUAGCUUGAGGAACAAAGAUGUUAAAGUUGCAUUAAGAAAAACUCUGAGAAAGAAAAUUUUUUUAAUCGGAAAUUUAAUUUAA